AUGUCAAGUAGAAUCUUUGUUGCUCGUCUCCCAUGGUCAAUUUGCAAAGUUGCCCUCAAAAACCACUUUUCUAAAUUCGGCCCAGUCAGUGAUGGUUACGUCGUUUUAGAUCGUAUUACUAGACGUUCAAAAGGUUACGGUUUCGUUACCUUCGCAACCCCAGAAGCUGCCGAACACGCUGUCAACAGCAGUCACGAAAUGGACGGUAGACAAUUAAUUGUCAACAUUGCUUUUGGUAAAAUAUCUCAUUUAACACAUUUAUUUUUCUAA